AUGUCCCACUUCCCCAUAAAUCAAGAUGAAACUCCUCAAGACACGAUGGCAGAUCAAUCAAUUACACGAACAGUGGCCUAUGGUCGAGUCCACAAUCUACAAACGAUCGAUAUCACAACCUUAGCUCCACGGAAAGAUGGUUACUGGGUGAUCUUCAUCCGUGGCGGUGCUUGGCGGGAUCCAACUAUCACAUCGGCAUCGUUCAAUGCCACGGAAUCGAUACUUCGCGACAAAGGCCUACCUAUCUCCGGAUUCGCGUCGAUCUCGUAUCGUCUCAGCGCACACCCAAAUUACCCACAAAACCCAACAAGUACUGCGCCGAAGGACUUACGAGAUGCGAAACACCCCGAUCACAUCCGCGACGUGGAGGCAGCGCUGGCCUUCCUCCAAAAUACAUACGGAUUUGGUUCGCGUUACAUCCUGAUUGGCCACAGUUGCGGCGCAACGCUAGCCUUUCAAGCUGUGAUGGGCGCUGUGUCACAUCAUCGUGAACAGGCAUUCGUCGGAUCCACCGAAAAUCCCGAUAAUAGUAUUGGGUUUGUCUCUGCCUCCCCUGGUCCCCUGCCACCUGCAUUAACGGCGCAACCCACUGCCAUUGUCGGUGUGGCGGGUAUUUACGAUCUACGGCGGCUGCGGGAUACACAUGCUAACAUUUCGGCUUAUCAUGAGUUUAUUGAGGGGGCGUUUGGGACGGAUGAGGUGCUCUGGGAUGGUGUGUCGCCGGCUCAGAUGGUUGGCUCUCGUGGAGUUGAAGGCGGGUGGAAGUCUGGAAGGCUGGCUGUUCUGGCGCAUUCCAAGGAGGAUGGGCUGGUGGACGAGUCUCAGGUGGAGGCCAUGAAGGAGGCUUUGAAGAACUGGGAGCAGAAUCAGGCACAGAUACCCAAGGAAGAGUUGUCACACGGUGAUAGACGGGUCCGUGUCUUGUCGAUUAGCGGUGCUCACGAUGAGGCAUGGGAGAAUGGCGAGCAACUGGCUCGCGCUAUAACGUUUGCAUUCGAACAAUUGCAGGAAAUGGGGCUAGCUCCCUAG